UACACACACCCUUCUUCUCCAUAUCCUCACAAUCAAACAAGCUAAAGAUCCUUUAUUUUUCCCUCUCUUACUCUAUCCCCCUUUGUUACAAGAUAAAUGGCUCUUAAAGCUGUUAAUGUCACCGACGUCCCUAACCUCGACCAAGUCCCAGAAAAUAACGCUUCUCUGUCUCUCUACUCGUCUCUUUUUAGUUCCGAAGGGCUGGAGUUGAACAGUGAAGCAACGUUUAAGGUACCGAAGUUUUUGGUAAUAGGGCAUAGAGGGCAUGGGAUGAAUAUUUUACAAAGCACUGAUUCGAGGAUGAAAGCCAUUAAAGAAAACACCAUUCUUUCCUUCAAUUCCGCUGCUAAAUUUCCCAUUGAUUUCAUUGAAUUCGACGUUCAGGUGACGAAAGAUGACUGCCCUGUCAUUUUCCAUGACGACUUUAUCUUCUCUGAAGAAAAUGGUACUGUCUUCGAAAAAAGAGUCACAGAGUUAUCUCUGGAGGAAUUUCUAUGCUUUGGACCCCAGAGAGAAGCAGGGAAACAGGGAAAGAGUUUGUUGAGGAAAACCAAAGAUGGGAAAAUUCUCAACUGGAAUGUUGAAACUGAUGAUUCAUUUUGUACAUUGGCUGAAACCUUCCAGAAAGUUGAUCCUUCUUUAGGUUUCAAUAUUGAAUUGAAAUUUGAUGACCAUAUUGUUUACCAACAAGACCAUCUCAUCCAUGUCCUCCAAGUCAUCUUGCAGGUGGUAUCUGAGUAUGCUAAAGAUAGGCCCAUAAUCUUCUCUAGCUUUCACCCUGAUGCUGCUCAACUGGUUAGGAAAUUGCAGAACACUUACCCUGUUUUCUUCUUAACAAACGGCGGGACUCAAGUUUACUAUGAUGUAAGAAGAAACUCCCUGGAGGAGGCCAUAAAGGUGUGCAUGGAAGGAGGUUUACAAGGGAUUGUUUCUGAGGUCAAAGGAGUGUUCGGAAAUCCAGGAGCAGUGCCUAGGAUCAAAGAGUCGAAGCUGUCUCUCCUCACAUACGGCAAGCUUAACAAUGUGCCUGAAGCUGUUUGCAUGCAACAUUUGAUGGGGAUUGAUGGAGUGAUAGUUGAUUUUGUUCAAGAGAUCUCGCAUGCAGUGGAUGACAUGAUUGUCAAGCCUUUAAAUGAGGGAUUAAGAGAAGGGGACGAGGAGACUGAGACCAAGUCAAAGCUGCAGUUCUCACAGCAGGAGCUCUCUUUUCUCUUAAAGCUAAUUCCAGAGUUGAUACACCACUAACUUGUCCCUACCACUAUAGUUUUUUGUUUUUUUACCAACUUUACCUCUCUUUUUCUUUUUUUUUAAAUAUUUUGGGGCUGUCUUGCUGGAUUCCUUCUAAGAAGUCAAGGUGACAUUUUUAUAUAUAAA